CAAAGGGUGGGGGUGGGGCCUGGGGGGGGUCCGAAGGCAGGUGGUCCCCGGGCACUGCCUGGAUUUGGGAGAAGAACCCACUACCUUUGCCUCAGCAAUGCCCAGAAGAUAAGUCGCACUCCCUACGGUCUUGAACGGGGGCAAAUUCAUAAGAGGCUCUCCUGGGGGAAUGUAGAACUUAUUGCAGGGCUAGGGGGUGUUGGGAUCCCGGGCAUUAAUCAGGUCUGACUACAGAGCCAGAAUAAUUAUUAUAUCGUAUUAUAUGCUCCCUUUUCCCUCUGCCAUCAUGAUUCUCCUUGGCAGCAACAUUAGCAGCCACCUGAGGUUGAAAAUGUGGGUGAUGGGGAAGUUGGUAGUGACUCCGCUGUUUUUUCUCAUGGCUCCUUUGGGCAACAGCUGCCCACACCCGGUAUACACUGUAGUUGAUGGCAGGGAAACCCUGAACCUCUCCCCUUCCUUCUCUACUGAUUUUGCACUUUUCUGUUUGUUCACGACCAAGUGUAAUCAAUAACAAGCCCUGACGAUACAUAGCAAUAGUGAAACCUGAAAUAAGAAUUAGGUACUACAGCCAUGGAUCUGGCUGGGUAAAAUCCAAUUGAGUAUUUCAGUUUCAUUCACCUUCCCUGUUUUGGUGUUUUUGGGAGGUUUUUUUGGUGUUUUUUUUUCUCUCUCUCUUCAGGGAUCACACUUCCCCCUCCCUGUUCCUUUUCAUAAUCCCUUUUCUAAAAAAAAAAAGGAGGGGGAAUCCGGAUGGAUUUUAAGGAUUGGACUGGUGUCACCUGUGUUUUAUUGCACACCUAAAUCCUGGUAAUAGACUUUUCAUUUCUUACCCAAAGCCUUCAUUUUUGGCAAUUAGCCUAAUGUGUUUUCCAAAAAGUUAGUUCAAGUAUUUUUUCCUCUUCCUCUCCUUUUUCCCAUCCCAUCCCAAACUUUAUUGUCCAAACAUGACUGGACAGUGGCUUUUGUUUCUUGACCCUGUCAUGACAGUCUGCUAAUAUUGCCAGAGGUGCAAUUUUUGGGUUACAGUUGUGAUUUUAACUAUUCAAUCAUACUAGCAGGGAAAAAAAUGACUUGUUUCUGUUGUACUUGAGUCUUAAGAAAAAGUACCCAUAGUUUAGUGACAAUUUCCAAAGGCUUUAGUACCACCUGUCUUUCAAAAUGGGGGACCCAAACUCCCGGAAGAAACAAGCUCUGAACAGACUACGUGCUCAGCUUAGAAAGAAAAAAGAAUCUCUAGCUGACCAGUUUGACUUCAAGAUGUAUAUUGCCUUUGUGUUCAAGGAGAAGAAGAAAAAAUCGGCACUUUUUGAAGUGUCUGAGGUUAUACCAGUCAUGACAAAUAAUUAUGAAGAAAAUAUCUUGAAAGGUGUGCGAGAUUCCAGCUAUUCCUUAGAAAGUUCUAUCGAACUUUUACAGAAGGAUGUGGUACAACUCCAUGCUCCUCGAUACCAGUCAAUGAGAAGGGAUGUAAUUGGCUGUACUCAGGAGAUGGAUUUCAUUCUUUGGCCUCGGAAUGAUAUUGAAAAAAUUGUCUGUCUCCUGUUUUCUAGGUGGAAGGAAUCUGAUGAGCCUUUUAGGCCUGUUCAGGCUAAAUUUGAGUUUCAUCAUGGUGACUAUGAAAAACAGUUUCUGCAUGUACUGAGCCGCAAGGAUAAGACUGGAAUUGUUGUCAACAAUCCUAACCAGUCAGUGUUUCUCUUCAUUGAUAGACAGCACUUGCAGACUCCAAAAAACAAAGCUACAAUCUUCAAGUUAUGCAGCAUCUGCCUCUACCUGCCACAGGAACAGCUUACCCACUGGGCAGUUGGCACCAUAGAGGAUCACCUCCAUCCUUAUAUGCCAGAAUAGGGUACUGACCAGCAAAAUGGAGACGAUCAGAGUGCAGCAGCAUUUUUUUUUUCUUGUUUUCUUACCACUUAAUUCUUUCAGAGUUUAAAGAAAAUGGACUCAUGUACAGAACACUAUGCAUUUUGAAACUUGUUCAUCCUGGAUUUUUUUUUAAUCAUUUGUAUCUCAGAACUUUAAAAAAAUUAGAUGUCUUCUGCACGGACUGUGUGAAAGAAGAUGCUUUGCAUUUUUGCUGCACUGCAUCAGCAUUUUACAAAAAUGUGAAAGGACUAUGUACACUGAAAUGCUUAGAUGUAUCUGAAAGCACAAGGUGAUAACUCAUUUUUGAUGGUCUUUCCAUUCGUGCUGGUUUUUGCCUCUUUGAUAUCUGUCAUCAGUAUUUAGAGGGUGAGACGUGAAUGUAACAGGUAUAAAUAACAUUUUAAAAAAAACUUAAUAGCUUUGCUAUAAUCACUGUUGUUCAGAGUACUGUCAGAUUCAUUCUAAUGACCAGAAGUGGUUUAAAAAAUAAAACCACGGGAAAGAAAUCUUAAAUGCAAAAAGCAUCUCAUUGUAGGCAUUCUUGCCUCAUAUUUUACUGGGCCAUGUUUGUUUCCUGGUACUCCUAAAUGUAUUUUAUUUCCAGAUCUCUUUCCCCAAGUUGCUGUUAUAGAAGAGUAUUCUGCUGAGUGUGGAUACAGUUAGACACAUGAAAGCAGAUCUGGAGUCUGAAGUAGCUAAAGCAGCUAUAAAACUGAGAAAUACAUUCAUAGCUGCAGAAACCAUGAUAGGUAGAGGACUUUCCUUUUUGAUUUUUGUUUUGUUUCCUGGUUUUAAAGAGAUUUUUAUUUUUAAAAAAAUCCAGUGAAGUGUGCAGAAAUACUGGUAUCUACACCAUCCUAAAGAAAACUUGUAAAAAAAAAAUUAUUAAAGUUGGAAUCUUAAAUUGUAAAAACAGCCUUUGCAAGUCAAAGUUCUAAAAGCAGAACUCAUUUUGUGCAAUGAACAUAAGGAAAGGCUACUGUAUAGUUUUUUUCUUUUAAAUGAAGAAAAGCUUUGCUUAAGGGUUGCAUACUUUUAUUGGAGUAAAUCUGAAUGAUCCUACUCCUUUGGAGUAAAACUUAGUGCUUACUGGUUUCCAAUUGUAUUUAGCUUCUGGUUGGAAUUUGAAAAAAUGAAAACCUAAAUAAAAUAGGUGUAAGUUCCCUGACUAUUCAGGUGAAUACACAAAACUUGAA